AUGGAUAGCAGCUCGGAACAUGAGUCGGUACAUGCGGAGCAUCUCCUCUUGCUCAUCGAUCACCUCAAGCACGCAUAUGCUUCUACUUUGCAGCGUCUCGAAUCAAUGUUGCAGCACGGUCAUAUUGCAUAUGACCUUCUUUGGGCGCUUUUCAAGCCUGGUUGCCAUGUUUAUACCUCAUGCAUUGGCACAAAAGAGCCGCGAUGUGUCGUGUUCGACGCGGGCGAAGAGAUGACACAAAAUGACGAGACGUGGUUGAAUCUCGAGUGUCGAUUUCUUGAUUAUAACGGAGUCAAGUUCGGCGAGGCCGGAAUCUUUCUGCGUGUGGCAAAGUUUCGGGGUCAAAGCCGAUCGAGACCCUUGAGGCCUUCCCUCUCCACCACCAUCCAAACCACGAGCAAGCCCGAAAAGCCCUGA